AUGUGUAAGAAGAAGACUGACAAGGUUGAAAAGAGGCCUAAGGUGCCACAAAUAGAAUGGAAAAAGACUGACAAAGGAAUGAUGCAGGAAGGCAACUCUGGUAAUUCAGUGGGGAUCACAGAUACUAAGGGGGUCUCUGUUGAGAAUCCUCCCAAGGAGGGAACUCAAAAAGAGUCCAUGUCUCAGGAUCACCCUAUGAAUAUCAUUGGUGGCAGUAAGGGG